AUGAUAGAAGCCUGGCAAAGUCGGGAGCUGAGGACCAUUUGGAUAAAAGUUCUAAAAGAGCAUACACAAUUGAUCCCGAUUCUAAUCGAGCAGAAUUUCGAAAUUCACCAUGCACAGCCGUCCCACGUAAUGUUGACGAAAUACGUUGCGACGGAGGGGACAGCGAAUCUGCCGAGCUACCCUUAUACGCAAGUUGGCGUAGGCGGAAUUGUUGUUGACGAUGAAGGUCGAUUCUUGAUGAUGCGUGAGCGGGAAGGUCCUUAUCUGGGGUGGAAAAUCCCUGGCGGAUUGGCCGACCCGGGUGAAAGCCCCUUCAUGGCUGCUGUACGAGAAGUGAACGAAGAAACAUCAGUUGAUGCUGAGCCCGUUUGCAUUCUCGGCUUUCGGAAUACGCAAAAGAUCAAAUUUGAUAUGGUCUCUGACAUUUAUUUUGUGGUUGCAAUGCGCCCAAAAUCUGGCGGCAAUCACGACCCGAAAGCAUGUCCUAAGGAAGCAAGCGCCGCCGCUUGGCUGACCAGAGAAGAAAUAUGGGCAUUAAAAGGGCCGACACAUGCAUCAGGUUUUCUUCGCGGUCUCAUCACCGAUUAUGAAGCGUGGAAAGCAAGUGGGCAUCCUGGAAUAAUUGAGACGAAAGGAUCAAAUCGACAGGGAAACGUCAGCUACACCUACAAUUAUGCCUAUAGCAAGCCAGUCGAUUGCAAAACUAAAGCAUCCGCCGCCUCAAAAACUCGGCCAACACCAGGAGAUGCAAACGAGAAAAAAGCCCCGGGUGUCGAUAUGAAUAAGGCCAAUUUG